AUGGAAGUGGAAGAGAAAGCAGCUGCCUACUUUGAGCGGGGAGAACCAGAAGACCAGGUUAUUGAUCUACAGACCAUCUAUUCUCUUCUAUGUGAAGAUGACGAAGGUGCAAUCCUCAGCAUACCACGAGACUUUGAUUUUAAAUUGUUUCUCAUGGACAUUACAAUCAGAGAGCCUUUAUCAGAUUUUGCCAGACAACAGAAUGAACAAAUCGAAAAAUUGAUGAAUGAUCACUUGGAUUUGAUGGGUCGGAUCUUGUGGAGCAAAGUGGCACAAAUCGUUUUGGAAGAAAGUCUCAGCAACCCUGAUGCAGAUAUUACAAUCUCACGUAAACAAUGGACAGUAGACACUCAUCAGCUGUAUUUGCUUAUCACAAGAGGGAUGUCAUGA